GAAGCUAUGCGUGACAUGGAGCAUGGUCAUGGUGGAGGGUGAAACCAAGCUUACCGUGGUGCCUCUGGCUGCAGAUUCAGCUCACACAGUUCUGUCAAGGUCCCGUGUGCACGGACCCCGUGGCCGGAAGCUCCAGGGAUGACCAGCCCCUCCCCGCGCAUCCAGAUCAUCUCCACAGACUCCACGGUUGCCUCGCCCCAGCGCAUCCAGAUUGUGACGGACCAGCAGACAGGACAGAAGAUCCAGAUUGUCACCGCAGUGGACGCCUCAGGCUCCUCCAAGCAGCAGUUCAUCCUGACCAGCCCCGAUGGCGCUGGCCCUGGGAAGGUGAUCCUGGCUUCCCCAGAGACACCCAGUGCCAAGCAGCUCAUCUUCACCACCUCAGAUAGCCUGGUCCCUGGCAGGAUCCAGAUCGUCACGGAUUCGGCGUCCGUGGAGCGCCUGCUGGGGAAGGCCGAGGUCCAGCGGCCGCAGGUGGUGGAGUACUGUGUGGUCUGCGGCGACAAAGCCUCGGGCCGGCACUAUGGGGCCGUCAGCUGCGAAGGCUGCAAGGGCUUCUUCAAACGGAGCGUGAGGAAGAACCUGACCUACAGCUGCCGCAGCAGCCAGGACUGCGUGAUCAAUAAGCACCACCGCAAUCGCUGCCAGUUCUGCCGGCUGAAGAAGUGCCUGGAGAUGGGCAUGAAGAUGGAGUCUGUGCAAAGCGAGCGGAAGCCCUUUGACGUACAGCGGGAAAAGCCGAGCAACUGUGCAGCUUCCACGGAGAAGAUCUACAUCCGGAAGGACCUGCGGAGCCCCCUGAUAGCCACACCCACGUUUGUGGCUGAAAAGGAUGGUGCAAGCAGACAGCCAGGUCUCCUGGACCCAGGGAUGCUCGUGAACAUCCAGCAGCCCCUGAUCCGAGAGGAUGGCACGGUGCUCCUGGCCGCAGACUCCAAGGCCGAGACAAGCCAGGGAGCCCUGGGCACACUGGCAAACGUUGUGACCUCCCUGGCUAACCUGAGUGAAUCCUUGAACAAUGGCGACACUUCAGACAUCCAGCCAGAGGACCAGUCUGCGAGCGAGAUCACCCGGGCAUUUGACACUUUAGCCAAAGCACUUAACACUGCGGACGGCACCUCACCCCCUAGCUUGGCGGAUGGGCUGGAUGCCAGUGGAGGAGGUGGCAUCCACGUCAUCAGCAGGGACCAGUCAACACCCAUCAUUGAGGUUGAGGGCCCACUGCUCUCAGAUACACAUGUCACGUUCAAGCUAACAAUGCCCAGCCCGAUGCCCGAGUACCUCAACGUGCACUACAUCUGCGAGUCGGCGUCACGCCUGCUCUUCCUGUCCAUGCACUGGGCGCGCUCCAUCCCAGCCUUCCAGGCACUGGGGCAGGACUGCAACACCAGCCUGGUGCGGGCCUGUUGGAACGAGCUCUUCACCCUUGGCCUGGCCCAGUGUGCACAGGUCAUGAGCCUGUCCACCAUCCUAGCCGCCAUCGUCAACCACCUACAGAACAGCAUCCAGGAAGAUAAGCUAUCAGGUGAGCGUGUGAAGCAGGUCAUGGAGCACAUCUGGAAGCUGCAGGAGUUCUGCAACAGCAUGGCACGGCUGGAGAUAGACGGCUACGAGUACGCAUACCUUAAAGCUAUAGUUCUCUUUAGCCCCGGGAAUCUGCCGAUGCACCUCCCAAACGCAGAGGGGAACUUGGGGUCCUUUCCUGUUCCAGACCACCCAGGUCUGACGGGCACAAGCCAGAUUGAGAAGUUCCAGGAGAAGGCCCAGAUGGAGCUGCAGGACUAUGUGCAGAAGACCUACUCCGAGGAUACGUACCGAUUGGCCCGAAUCCUCGUCCGCCUGCCGGCACUCAGGCUGAUGAGCUCCAACAUCACAGAAGAACUCUUUUUUACCGGCCUCAUUGGCAACGUUUCGAUAGACAGCAUAAUCCCUUACAUCCUCAAGAUGGAGACGGCAGAGUACAAUGGCCAGAUAACCGGGGCCAGCCUAUAGGCACUGCGCCCUGCCAGCAGGGGCCCUCGUACCCCAGAAGACAGCAGCGGAGUCCGGUAUGUGCAGAUGUUUCUAUGUCAGCCACUCCCCACCUGGCUUCUUACUGUAACCCCAGGCAGUCAAGACUAAAGACUAGGAUCCUUUCCUGCCGUGAGAAACAUUCUCAUGCCUUUUGAUGAAGCAUCCGACUUUGGAACAGUCUUUUAACUCAAUUUGUAUUUAGAAUUUCUCAAAGGGCAAAAAACAAAAAUGAAGUUUUAUAAUGUCAGAGACUAGUAUUAAAACUAAAAGAACCUGCCAGGGAUUUGGCUCAGUGGUUCUGCUGCCUGCCUCGCAAGCGCAAGGGCCCAAGUUCGAUCCCUGGUAUAAAAAAACAAAAAACUAAGAGAACAGUAUGCUUGUAAAUAUAUGAAAUUGACCUUGGAAUUAUAGCUACUAAUUACCAGGGUAACAACAUUAGCACUUUCUAAGCACUUCUUAUCAGAAUCUGUGAUGUUAGCAGCAUCUUGCCUGUGGGCAGGGCAAAUGGAAAACUGUCUCUAAUGAGAUGCUCAGGAUCUCUGGAAACAGGAGACAAUCAAGUGUUGAAGGAAGAGAGGAAGGAUCAUUCCUAAUUGUGUGCACAUCCUUGUCAAGAGUGCGUCACGACAUCCAUGGGAGUGUGGUGGCCCAAUGGCCAGGACCCAAACCAGAAGCCACCAGCCACAGGCUGAGACUUGUCGCGUUCCUGGUCUGUAACAGUAUCUGCAGACUGCCAGAACCUGGGUUCUGUGUUGAAGAUGGGACUCAGCAUCAGAGUGCGGCCUGGCAGACCUUCACCCAACUCCACAGGCACCAGAAACAUCCUCACCACCGUGCAUAGCAGCUGAGCUCCCAACCCGUCGUGCAUAGCAGACACUCAGGACCUUGAUGGCCCUUGGAACUGUCCAAAUGGCUUCUGUUCCACUCCCCUCCCAGUGCCCCUGAAAAGGGCAUGUGUGUCUCUGAGGCACUGGAAUCGUGCGCCUGGACAGAGCUGUGCCUGACCUGUGUGGCAGGAGGCAUCAGGAUGGUUCCUUGCUUUUGGUUAACAUGGGGGACCCUCUCAGUGUCCCCAUACUGGUCUUCUCUUCCACAGCCUUUCAAGUUGUUUUACUCAAUGGAUACGGCAGCAACCUCCAUUCCAGAGGCCAUGCUCACUCUUCUCAAAAAUGACAGUGACUGCGGUUUACAGCCAGAGCAGACUCCUGGACUGUACCGGGCAUCCUGUGUUUCUGUCUGGGCCGGAAUAAGAAAGCCCUUCCUGUAGGGUAAGGUUAGCGUCUGUUGGGCCUUGGAUCAAAUCUGGCUUUGCAGAGCCCCCGGCCACAAGGAUAUUGGCUCCAGGCACCACAGAGGGUCCUGAGGGUUGCCAGCUGCUGCUGGUCAUGCUCAUGGGAACUACUGAGUGUGCACAGCAUCUCUGGCUCCUGAAUUCCCACGUGGAUUUUGGAGUGUCGUCACAAGUCAGACCUCGGAGGCAGGUGUUAGGGAUAUCUGGUGGCCAGUAUAAAACGAUGAUGUAAUUUUGCCAGUUUAAAGUAUGUUUUAGUUUUCUAACCCCAGAGUGUUUUAAAUUUUAAAGUUUAAAAGACUGCCCGGGACCGAGGGGUUUGAUGAGUUCCUUGCUCUGCCUGUGAGGGAUUCCAUUUGAGGCACUGCCAGAGGCAGUGUGUCCUAUCUCUACAGCUCACAGAUGCCCUCAUCGUGUUCCUCGGGGUCUGGUGUGAGCACCCAAGAGGGAUAAGGGAUGAGGGACACGCAGAGCUCAGGGACACAGCACUGAAAGAGUGGCUUCGUGUGGGAAGCUGCUGACCGACCAGUACUAGCUGAUUCCAGGGUCAUGGGACAUCCCAGCCUCCCUGGCCUUGCUCUGCAGUGGCCCUGUCUUUCAGGGUCACAUCACAUGCCCAGCCUUGAUGCUCAAAGUCAUUUCCAACCUCCAACUGUGUGUCCAUCCCUUCCUCACCAGGAGUAAGUGGGGACAUCCUGGGCCUAUGAGGAGGGACAGCCCUCAGUGGGGGAACAUGGCCUGGCAGCUGUUUCAGGCACAUGCAGUCACUUCCUGGCCACGUGGCUCUUGCCGGAAGCAUUUCAAACAGUGCUGCAUUAGGACACGUGUGGUACACGUGUGGCAAUCAUUACUACAGGCAUAAACAGAAGAGAACAGAGGAAAAGACUGAACUCCUUUGGCAGUAGUUCUCCAGUUCCUCCUGGAAGGUACCUACAGAGGUGUGUCAGUCCUAGUGUGCAACGUGUACAUACGUAGAGGGGAGCUGCUUUAUUGUCCAUCCUCUGCCGUAGCCUGGCAUGGGGUCUUUGGUUCUUUUGGUUUAACUUCAGGGUAAGCACCUAUGCUCUGCCCUCACAGGCUGACAUCCGGUGAGUCAGUAUUAGAGGCAGCUCUGUUAGGAGAUGGCCCCUGCAUCCACACUGUGCACACCCUAGCAGGGGGCCAAGAAUCUCAGGCUCUGAGGUAGUGAGUGCUUCCCUCAGGAGCAUCCUGGAGUGCCAUCUCUGGGUCCAGUCCUGGGACCUAUUGUCCCCAGAGUCCCAGAGCUCACUUGUCUGCUUUCUAGUGUGAACCUCUGACAUGUGGCGUGGCACUGGCACUCUCGCAUCCAGGCAUGAAGGGUACCAUCUGACACCCCUUUGGCCAGCCACUCCCUCUGCCCAGGUUGGCGUCUAGAUCAUGUCAUUCCUAGGAAACAUCUAGAGCCAGCCUCCAACCAGGCAGGGCCAGGCCACAUCCACAAUGUGUACAGUGUACAAAGAAAGCAUGCAUCUGUGUACAGAGGUGUAUAUUAUGUGUACAGGUUCGGCCAUCACCUAGCCUCUGCAGUGACAGCUUGGAUGUCCAAGGUACAGGUGUCCAGGGGACUGUGAGAAGGGCCAGGACCCGGGAGGAACUCAGGUGUGGUCUACCAAGGGCACUGGUCUGCACCCGCCACGUCCUAGGGGCCAAGGCAAGGGAAGAGACUGUAAAGCCCAACAGCUAGGGCUGGGUGGUGGCUUUUUCUGCACCAGCUCCUUGCCUGACUGAAGGAUCUUGGUGACAGCCAGCGGCCUGUCUGCUGAGCCACUCCAGGGUGGCAGCAUCAGUGUGCCCACUGUGCUGGGCCAUCAGAUGAACCCAGCGCCUGGCACAACACCUGCUGCCAGCUCAGUGUAGUGGCCCCAAGUCUACACAUCUUAAAUCAAUUCUCCAACUGCGCAUAUUCAAAUGAGACACACUGACAAUUUCUUUCUGUAAAUUAAAGUUUGCAUUCUAGGGAUUAAAAACUCCAUUUUAAUAUGGAUACAUUUUUCCUUUAAAAGUACAGAUGCCAGGGCCCGGGAAUUAGCCUAGUGGUUCUGCCACUUGCUUUGCAAGCACAAGGUUCUGAGUUCAAUCCCGGUACUAAAAAAAAAAAAAGUACAGAUGCCAAUUUUCUUCACCAGAUCUGUCAUGCUUUCUCCCUGUAACCAUCUUUCCCUGAAACUCGGGACCUGCAGAUAGAUAGCUCAGUUCCUGGGAGCCUCAGGUCUGAAUUAAGCUGGCCCAGCUAGAAAUUCCACACGGCCACAACACUCAGUGCCUUUUGUGAGACAUGGGUCGCUGAACCUUCUGCGUCCCUGUUCUGAUGUCAUGUGAGCUUCCUCAGAGUCCUGAUCCCCACCGUGAUUGCUAGAUCUUGCCCAGGCCCCUGUGACAAUCACAUUAAAUAAACUGGCUUCCCAGUCAAUAAGGGGAAGGCUGAGUGUCUCUGAAUGACUUUAAAAUAUCCUUUUUGGGGCUGUUACAUUAGCAACCUAAUAACAAACAGGGAGCUCAAAAUAUCUUUGGGGGAAAAGAAAUAUGAGACAUUUUAAAUGUCCAGCUAUACUUUCAUUUAAGAAGGUAGUAAUUUUGGUCUCGAUAUUUACACACACAAGUCCCCAACACCAUUUCCCAAUUGAGAGAGUGCUUUAGUUUAAUGUAGAGGUAACAUCAGCAAGGGGCAGACUGACAACAAAGCCAGCUCUUCGUGAAGAAAGGACCCUUCUAACACUGUCACUUCGUUGGCCGUAGUGUUGCUCAUGGAUUCAACACUGCCACCACUCAUGACUCAAUGCUGGAACCUUUUUCUACCCUGAAACCAGUGUUCAGCUAGUUUUAUACCCGAAAAAGCUGCACCUCUUCCUUAGCACCACCCAUAGUCCUUGCUAUAGUUUGGCCCUCUGUUAACAUGUAGCUGUAUCGCCAGUCCCUUUGAGACGAUGUCUGUUAAAAGGAGAACUGGGUGUUAGGUUUUCUUGGGACCGUUUCUGUAACCUCUGCCCUUCACAAGAUAGAAAAUACUGUUCAUGCCAUUACCUUUUAAUACCAGGUUCCAAACCUGCUGGAAGCUGUGGCUUUACAUAGCUUCCUUCCUGUACGAAUCAGCUUUGUUAAGUGAUGGCAUUUAAAAACUAGCAUGUUCUUUUUAAAGUGGAUUUUAUAUCUAAUCAGUGUCUUCAGUCUUGAAGAAUCUACAUUGUUGUGUUUGUACAUAGAGUGUCGCAGUGCAUGAGUUAGCUUUAUGCAUUUUAUUAAAUGCUGUUCCAAUGUGGCAUUACUGUU